AUGGCAUCCCAAUCAUCUACAGCUACUUAUACUCUUGAUGUUGAGUUGGAUGUCUACAUUGGCCACCAAAAUGAUCCAAUCCUUGAUUGGGCUGAAAAUGAGUUGUUAUCGGAUGGUAAUGGGUAUGAACUGGAUGACAACAAAGAAGAGGAUGACAAGGAAGAAGAGGAUGACAAUGAUGAAGAUGAUAACUUUGAUGAUAUUAUGGCAUAUGAACAAGAAGUUGAUGAAGAAGUCCAUACCUUUAACAAAACUGUCGGUGAUGAAUUUUUAAACAAACUUUCAGUUAUUGGAUCUCAAGAGGUUCAUUUGUUAGCAGAAAACAAGGAAGAAAACAAGGAGCUAAUAUGCUCAAAUCAAGAACAACAAGAAGAAGAAGAAGAAGACUGGGAGGCUCGGCGUGCUCAGAUCAAGCUGACAAAAGGGUUCGUAGCCAAGGAGUCUGUAAAAGGACAUAUGGUGAAUGUUGUAAGAGGUUUGAAGUUGUAUGAAGACAUACUUAACGACACUGAGCUCUCCAAGUUAAAUGACUAUGUGAACCAACUACGAGUUGCUGGCCAAAACGGACAACUCUCAGGUCAGACGUUUAUCAAGUACAACCAGCAGUCAAAGGCAAUCAAGAGAGAGCUCAUUCAGUUUGGUGCUCCUAUUUUCGGUCAAAUAAAAGAUGACGCCACAACCAAAUCCCAAAAUAGCCACAUGGAGCCAAUUCCCGCCCCUCUUGAAAACAUCAUCGACAAUCUGAUUCAAUGUCAUCUGAUUUCUGAAAACAGACGACCAAACAGUUGCAUCGUUAGCUUUUUCGAUGAGGGUGAAUUUUCACAGCCUUUCUUGAAACCACCUCAUCUAGAACAACCUAUUUCCACUCUUCUUCUUUCCGAAUCAACAAUGGGCUUCGGGCGUACUCUAGUCUGCGACAACGAUGGAAACUACAAAGGAUCACUCAUGCUUUCCCUAAAGCAAGGAUCCCUGUUAGUGAUGAGGGGCAACAGCGCUGACAUGGCUCGCCACGUCAUGUGUCAAUCUCCAACUAAGCGAAUCAGUGUCACCUUCUUUAAAGUACGAAUAACAGACACCUGUGAGAACACGUCAUCAGCAAUCACAGUGUGGCAACCAAGUGUUCCAAAUCAUGUACCGGCUGGAACACUUGAAGGCUGUGAUCAUAGGACAGGUGUCGUUUCUAAAUGGGGCGUAGGCGUCCUUCGUGCUCCACAACUGCUUAUGUUAGCACCAGUCCGUCCAAUGGUGAUGACCCCGAGAAGGUUACCCCGUGGCGGGACCGGAGUUUUCUUACCGUGGACUGUCGGGUCAAGAAAACCCGCAAAACAUCUACCUCCUCGUGCCCAACGAGGUCGUCUUCUUGUAGCUGAAACACAUAGAGCGGACUCCACCUCCGAUUUAGGCAUCAGUGUUGCUUAA